ACCGUGAUAUUGUGGGCACUAGUUCGCAUUGGGAGAGGUGUACCGUAACUGAUGAAAGAGACGCAAGUCAGAGUGGAGUGUAUAAAAACACAGAAAGAAGCUAAUUCAAGUGUGUAGGGUGAGAUGAGGAUUCAAGAGCAGGAUCAGCACAUGAUGGCGCAGGUGCCUGAGGACGCUGUGGGCCGGCAGGUGUUGUGUGAUGGAGAACGAGCCACCGUGCGAUACGUCGGUACAGUUCCACCGACCACAGGAUUGUGGCUUGGUGUGGAAUGGGACAAUCCAGAGCGAGGCAAACAUGACGGAAGCCAUGAAGGAGUUCGCUACUUCACAUGCAGUCACCCGACAGGUGGCUCGUUUGUGCGACCUAAAAAAGCCAGCUUUGGCGUGGACUACCUGUUCGCAGUAAAGCAGCGCUAUGAGAUGGAGCUGGAUCAGGCAAUUGGAGAAGAGGUAACAGUUUCCACCAGGACUGUGAUGAUGGUCGGCUUUGAAUCCAUUCUGGAGAAACAGCAGGUGGAGAAUCUGGAAGAGAUCGUUCUCACAAAUUGUGGCGUUUCAGGUCCAGGUCCUGAAAAUGAAAUCAGGAAAAACACACCCAGCGUAGUUUCUCUGGAUCUCUCAAGAAAUCUUCUGAGCUCGUGGGAGGUCGUGGCAGCAAUCACAGAGCAGCUAGAGAAACUGGAGGUACUCUGCCUCAGAGAUAAUCGACUCCGGAUUUCCUCAAACCCAUGCAACAUGAGCCACGCCUUCUCCCAUCUAAGAGUCCUGAUGCUUAACGGUUGUGUUAUCACCUGGUCUCAGGUGCUACAGUGCGCCCCCAUGUGGCCACAAAUAGAAGAGCUUUAUCUCAACAAUAAUAAUAUCACUGAUCUAAAAAGGCCUGUGGAUGUUCUACAAGGUUUGAAGGUUCUUGACUUGUCCAAUAACAGUUUAACACAGAGUGAAUCUGUACUACAAUUAUCACAUCUACCCAGGUUGGAGAUGCUGAACCUUUGUAGCACAGGACUGUCUGACAUUCAGUUCAGUGACACAUUACAAGGCACCAAGACUUCAGCAUUCCCUGCACUGAAGACUCUUUUGCUUGACGACAAUAAAAUUACUGAGUGGAGCGUCCUUAAUGAGCUGGAGAAGCUGAGGAGUUUGGUGAACUUGAGCUGUAGUCGAAACCCCCUGAUGGAGUUGGAGAAGAAUCACAAGACAACGCGGCAGCUCCUCAUCGCCCGCAUCAGCCAGCUAGAGAUACUCAACAGGUGUGAGGUGCUACAGGAGGAGAGAAGAGGUGCUGAGCUGGAUUACUGUAAGAAGUUUGGCCGUGCUUGGCUGCAGGCUGGAGGUCACAGAGAUCCACAACAGAACCGACCCAGUGCAGAGUUUAUAGCACAGCACCCUCGCUAUCUGACCCUGAUCCAGAAAUAUGGUGCACCUGAGGAAGAGGAGCUGAAGGAGCAGAAACCUUAUGCUCUGAAAGACCAACUGCUGACGAUUACAUUCGAGUGUCCUGAUGACACAGACAGGAAACCCAUACAGAAGAAGCUUCCAGGCUCAAUGAUUGUUCAGAAAGUGAAGGGACUGCUCUGUAGGUUACUGAAACUGCCAGGUGCUGAGCUACACCUUACCUACACCAGCUCAAAGAUGGCAGGGAAAGAGAUCGAGAUCGACAAUGACCUAAAGCCACUGCAGUUCUACUCUGUAGAAGAUGGGGACAGAAUUCUGGUGCGCUGGUCCUGAGGACGCAGUUGGACCCCAGUGGACUCUGACUAAUAUCAGCCGCCUGCCAUAACAUGCGAAUACAGAACGCUGUACAACAUGAGCUCCUCCCACUCUUCUGUCCAUCUUUUCCCAGUGUCUGGACGCACACUGAUGCUGGAAGGUCAGCAGAGAGAAUGGUGUGAAGGAAGCUGUGGGCUUACCUUUCACGUGUCUCAGAAUGAAGUUAUGAAAUAAGAUUUUAUUGCUUUUUUUUUUUUUAGGUCGUGUAGAGAGAGGUAUCUGUAUUUUUCCUGCUGUAACAAUAGGCACGUUUCCAUCAAGGUUUUGGAACCUUCUGGGGAAACAUGCUUUGAUUUGGUCAUUUCCCAUCAAACUGCAGCUUGCCGUGGCAAGUGGAGGGUUUGUGUAAGAUAUACAGUUGUGGUCAGAAGUUUACAUACAGUGACAUGAAUGUCAUGGCAAUAUUUGGGCUUUCAGUAAUUUCUUUGAACUGUUCUUUUUCUGUGGCAGAAUGUACAGCAUACAUCUUUAAUAAAAAAACCCACUAUAAUUUGGUGCACAAGUUUUAAUUUUCUUUGGGUUUUCUGAAAUCAACACAGGGUCAAAAUUAUACAUACAAGAUCAAAAAUAUCUAGUGCUGUCAAAAAUGUCGCGUUAUUAACGCGUUAACUUGACUCAAUUUUAACGUUGAUAAUGUUUUUAUCGCGAGAUUAACGCUCUGUGACAUGAUGCCACGCCCCGCACAGCCAGAGUCCUCUGCCCUCCCCCGAAGAGCCACGGUGCUCGGCUUAGGUUUCGUUUUCCCAUCGGGGGCUCCAGCCCCACUUUGCAGUGGCUGUGACAAGACGUGUUAUGCUCUGCAAUAAAAAAAAACAUUGGUACAACCAGUGUUCGAACUAUGCCGAUAUUUUCGGGGGGUCCCUUUUUUUCCCUUGGGGGGGGGGUGCUUGCGCUUGUCUCAGAGCGCGGAUCUCCAUCGCGCGCUCACUUCGGAUAUGCAAAUGCUUCCCGUUACACACGAUUGCUAUGUCAAUAAACAUCAUUUUGCCAAUAUUUUAGAGACCCCCCAACAUUUCCCAAAUCAUGUUUUCAAGGGAUCUCAUGUCUGUUUCAGGGGAUCUCGGAUCCCCCGAGUACUCCCGUAGUUCGAACGGUGAGCAAGCCCAUUCACUUUUUUAUGCUGAUAAGAGAAUUACAAUGGUUUUUCAUGUGACAAAAAUGUGCGAUUAAAUUGCGAUUAAUCGCGAGUUAACUAUGACAGUCGCGACAUUAAUCGCGAUUAAAUUAAAUAUUUUAAUCGCUUGACAGCACUAAAAAUAUCACAUAAUAUUUGGGUAAAAUGUCUCUUAACAAGAUGCACCUUGACCAAACAUUUUUUGUUUAUCAUGAACAAGCUUCUGGAAGAAUUCUGGUUGGAUAUUUCACGAUUCUUCAUGGUAGAAUUGGUAGAGAUCACUCAAUCAAUCAAUCGUUUGUUUUUCUUGGCAUGGAUUCGACUUCUAAGCACAGUCCAUAUGUUUUCAAUAGGGUUGAAGUCAGGACUUGUUUUAAGCUUAAUGUUAGCCUGCUUUAUCCUCCACAACCAGUUCUGAUGUCUGUUUGGGUUCAUUGUCCUGUUGGAACUCCCAAGUCGUGUUUAAGUUUCUGAUGGUUUAUGCUGAAGAAUUCUGAGGUAGUCCUCCUUCUUCAUUAUUCCAUCCACUUUGUGCAAUGAACCAGUUCCACUGCCAGCAAAACAGCCCCAGAGCAUGAUGAUCCUACCACCACCACCAGCUGGUACAGUGUCCCUCUGUACAUGGUGGUCAUUGUGGUCAAACAACUUGAUCUUUUGUCUCAUCUGAUCAUACAGCUAACCUCCAGAAGGCUUUUUCUUUGUCCGUGUGGUCAGCUUCAAACUUUAAGCUUGAAGGUGUCAGUUUUGGAGCAGGAGGUUAUUUCUUGGAUAGCAGCCUCUUAGACUACGUUCAGACUGCACCCUGAAACGACCCAUAUCCGAUUUUUUUUUUUUUGCCUAUAUGCGACCUGUAUCCGAUUUGUUAUUGACAAUCUGAACGACACAGAUCCAAUUUUUUCACAUGCGACCCAGGCCGCUUGGAUAUGUGGUCCUAAUUCCGAUGCGUAUCCGAUAUUUUCACAUGCGACUGCAGUCUGACCGGACAGGUCGCAUUCAUGCGACCUACACGUCAUCAACAAGAGACAAACGUCACUAUUCUGCGUUGGCUAAUCCCGCCUCUUUGGUGGAAAACAACAACAUUUGUACAGUUUUCAGAAUUUAAAUAGACUUUUAUAGAACUGAUCAAGCUAAUGGUGGAUUUGGUAGGGACCUGGAUGUUGAUCUGUUAGCCUGAUUAAAUAAAACAGUUUCUAUAACUGAUUUAUAACUUAAACCAUACAAGAUUAUAAGAUUGUUCUGGAAAUUUCCAGUAAUUUGACACCUUCGGUCUCAUUAGUCUGCUGCCCACAUUAAUCAGAUUAUUGUGUGAGUUCCGCCGCCGCCACAAAAACCACAUCGCCAGGUCUAUGGUGAUCUGAACUGUACGCAGUGAUCCAUCCGCUUCCAGUUCAUGGCAGGGCUGUGCCAUGGUGGUUCCCAGGUUGUUCCUGACCAUCCAAACCAAUUUCCUUUCAGCUGAGGGUGACAGUUUGGGUUUUCUUGAAGCAAAGUGACUACACAUCACAAUGACUUGGAUACAAUUGUUUGAACUGAUCUUGGAAUCUGCAGUUGUUUAGAAAUGGCUCCAAGAGACAUUCCAGAGUUGUGUACAUCUACGAUCCUCUUUCUCAGACCUGCACUGAGCUCCUUGGACUUUCCCAUUUUACUGUAUUUUGGUCAGUCCAAUGAGUGCUGUAAGCAAGCCCUUUUUAUGAAGGCACAGACAAGCUACCAGCUGUAGUCAAUCAUAAUCACUAACAGGAAGUUAAGAGACCUCGGCCUUAGCAAGAUAAAAGACAUUUUGGAAGUUUCAGCACCUCUGAAUUAAUAAUCUAAGUGAGCGUAUGUAAAAUUUUGACCCUGUGUUGAUUUCAGAAAACCCAAAGCAAAUUAAAACUUGUGCAUCA